UUCAAAACAAACCCAUAUAUAGUCAACACCCCCUAGUCAAACCCCUAGUCAAACUCCAUCCGCCGCCAGCUGCGCCACCAUGCCUCCCCGGAGCACGUUUGGCGCAGCUGCCGGGAAACACCCGCUGUUUCGGGGGAUUCGGACCCGAAGCGGCAAGUGGGUUUCCGAGAUUCGCGAGCCUGGAAAGACCACGAGGAUAUGGUUGGGAACUUACCCGACGCCGGAGAUGGCCGCGGCCGCAUAUGACGUUGCGGUGCACGCCCUUAGGGGAAACGACACCGCGCUCAACUUCCCAAGCCUCGUGGAUAGGUACCCCGUGCCUGCUUCCCAUUCGCCGGCGGAUAUCAGAAGUGCCGCCGCUGCCGGAGCUACUAUAGUUCAGCGGAUUCAAAGCAGCGGUGAUUGGGAAGCCGGAGGCGUGAAUGACGGCGCACGCCCGGCGGCGGAUGUGGAUGAGAUGCACGGGAACGGGGAGUACAUCGACGAAGAAGCUUUAUUCGAUAUGCCGAAUUUGCUGGUGGACAUGGCGGGUGGCAUGAUGGUGAGUCCGCCGAGAAUGAGUACGCCGGCGGCCGAUGAUCCGCCGUCUAAUUCCGACAUUGAAAGUCUAUGGAGCUAUUAAUCUACGUAAUAACGUGGAGCAUAUAUACACGGACUAGUUCUACGUAUAUAUAUGACCUGCAUGGAAUAUAUGUCAUGCAAAGAAAUGGAAACGGUGUUCAUAUUUUUUUUUUCAAAAAAAAAAAUAGUCGUAUAAAAAAAUGAGUUUUUGGACUCAAUUCCCCCAAAUUCUUCAUAAAAUUUGUGUUUCCUCUCCAAGGUUUAAAAAAUGCAUCAUUAUAUUAGUCUUUUUAAUACUUCCUCCGUCCCAAAAAGAUGUUCGCACUUUAACUUUUAAGAAAUUUAAAGGGAUUUU